AGCAGCCAAUGGCGUGACACACAAACGCAGCAGAGUUGCGCAGUUACAUUGCGAGAGGAGCGCAGCCAUUACACUUGAUCUUAAAUCUUUAGAAAACGUCGUGCGGAUUGCACUGGCCAAUCAGUUUUCUCUACAAAUUCCGUGACAGUAUUCUGAAAUUAGCACUCAAAUCCGAGCGGGAUUUUCGCGAUCUCUGCUUAGGAAAGUUGUGAAACUUUAUAAACCGGGUUACUUCACAAGGUGUAGCGCGUCUGCUAGUGUCAGUGUUUCUCAGCUCGCAUCUCACGCGCGCUUUGAUGCAGCGCGAUGAUGGGCACACCUCUGAAGAACGAGCCAUCUGCUGCUGGUUGCAUGCCGUUGUGUUCUGACCUUACGUCUACCGGCGACUCGACUGCACGAGCAUCAUCACAGCAGCGCGAGCAGAUCGAGGCCCCGACUCCUGUUUUACUCUAUCCCAUCAGCGUUAACAGUGCUUUAUCAUCUUCACCCAUUUUUAACAACAAAGUCCCACAUGGUGGUCGAGGGAUUGAAGCUGUUUCCACAUCUUCUGAGUUCACCCAUGGUGCCAUCGUGCACCUCAUCGAAGCGAUGCAGAGGUGCUGGGAUGUUUACAGCUCACGCGAGCGCUCGCUUCUCUUCCAGAGCGUUCAGAAAGAACUGGAAAGCCACGGUCACUCCUUACCCGUAGAGAAGAUUCGCCGCAAAUGGAAUAACCUCAUUGUUACAUACAAGAGAGUUAAAGAUCGCAGCUCGUUGUGUGGAGGCCAAACAAAGACCUCAUGGGAGUACUUCGAAAUGAUGGAUAAUAUACUAGGAAAGACUAAAUUUGCUCAGAGAGGCCCUGCUUCAGCCACUCUUGUUGGAUUUGCAACCACAGCCAAAGCAGGUGUAAGAUCAGAGGAUCAUGCGUCUAACAGCAUGCCGGUGGCUGCAAUGACCGCCUCGUGCCUCCUUCCCACUGGAAUCAUCACAUCCUCUUCCCAGAUCCCUACACUUGUGACGUCCCCAGUGCUGUGCAAAGUUACCCCAAAAUUAAACCCCAGCCCCUCUUGUAGCACAGACACACCUCUGCCCUCCCUUUCACCAAAGCCAGUGCCGCUGGUGAACCGUCAGCCGCUGAAGCGGAGGCUACACCAUCUCCGGCUCAACUCCAUGGCCUCUCGUGUAGCUCAGCAGCAGGGGCAAGCUGAGGAACGCACCGCUCUUCUUCGCAGUUUCCUCACCGCUCAAGAAGAGCGCAUCCGUUUAGACGAGCAACACCAACGCAAGGUAGAUGCGCGUGAGCGACGCAAGGAAAAAUCUGCACGGACCAUGGCUGAUGCGAUGGGGAGGAUGGCGACGGCACUGGAGCUGAUCUCAUCCAAGCAGGACACCAUUAUCGCUCUACUCCAGAGACUGGCUGAUAAGCACUAAUAUUGCUUUUGUAACAAAAUUGCAUUUAAUUUAAAGUAUAUAAAGUGUGUCCUGUUGUUCAUGGUACAAGUAAUUGAUUUGGAAACCUGUUUCUAGUUGAAAAAGCUUGAACGAUACUAGAAAACAUGGACUCUUUAAUAUUAACAAUAUAUACAGAGCCUAUAAAAAUGAUUCCUUCCUUGUAA